AUGGUUAAUGGCCAUCGAGAUGCUAUAAAAUCGCUAUUACGGCAACAUCACUAUUGGCCAGAUCAGAACGAUGUUUCUGUACAACUCGAGUACGGACCAGAGCUUAAGGCUGUCACGGCUCAAACACCAGUUCAUUGGGCACUCACGAAUGGUCACCAAAACCUUGCUCGGCUUUUGAACAUAUCUAAUAACUGCGACUCGGAGGCCAAAGACAACCACGGCCAGACGCCGCUAUCGUUGGCCGCCAGGUAUGGGCACGUGGAUGUUGUCAAGCAGCUGCUCGAGAAGGGCGCCGACUAUGAGGCCAAAGACAGUAACGAUGGCCGGACGCCGCUGUCGUGGGCCGCCAUGUACGGCCACGUAGAUGUUGUCAAGCAGCUGGAUAAGGGCGGCGAGUGCAAGACCAGAGACAAGGGCGGCCAGACGCCACUGUACAGGUCGUUGCAGACGGGCGCGGGAACGUCGUGA